AUGCAGGAACAAGACGAAAGUGAGGCAUCUGCGGAUGCUUAUGUACAGAAAACAAUCAUGUUGCAGCCUCUGGACUCAUUGUGCUCAGAGAGCGACAGUCAUGCUUCUUCACUGGCGCAGCUCGAGAAAUCCGUUCACUUCUUGAUCGCAGUGGAAGAAGUCUGCAGCCGACUGGCUUUCGAAUUGCAAUGUGCUCGUGCAGGCUUGCGCCAUGUACUAACCUGUGAGACUUAUACCGACUUCAUCCGGGUCAUGGACGAUUUUCAGACCCAGGACGGUGGUUUCGGGCACCUAGUUGUCAUUCUUGGUCAGCCGUCAUGGCUCUCCUUGAUGCGAAGCUUCGUCACCUGCUCUCGUCCCUUCCGUGUGAUCGAUGCGUCCAUGGAAGGUGUGGGUGAGAACAGCGUGAGGCUCCUCGCCUCGUGCACCGAUCGAGAGUUCUCAGAAACAGUCAAGGAAUGCCUGGGCCGAGAGUUGGGCCUGGGAGAGGCCGUGAAAGCCUCCUCCGCACUGACCUCGGCUUCCCGGGCUUCAACGAUCGCUUCCGAGGCUUUCGACUCAAGCCCUUCGGGCGAGGCCUCCAUGGCCUGA